UUUUCUAAUGCUUCUUCUUCCCUCGAUUUUCAGGCUGUUCGUAUUUCCGUUGGAUCCUGUGAGCGCGCACUUAAGAUGCUUAGUGAUCGCUUCAUUGAGCUUAUCAAGACAGAUAUUCAAAAUAAAACUGAAUCUCAUGAGGAAACUUCUAUUGAGGAUAAGGAAGAGUCUGGGCAGCCUGCUAUUUCAUCUAUGGUUGGUGAGACCACUCGUGUCCUUCGGGGCGUAGUGCGCAUUGGUUUGCUGGGCAAGAGUCUUCUUUUAACAGGUGAACGCCAACUCGAUUUGGUACUAAUGUGCUCCUCAAGGCCGACGGUUGAGCUUGUGCAAGCGGUGGCGGACCGUCUGUCUGAACAGCUUAAGCUACUAUAA